AUGGGCUGGGAAGUGCUUUCCUUCCUCCUGAUCCUCUCUACUCUGCUCUUUCAGACUGUCUCUGGCAGUGCCGCCUCCAAUGACACUACCGCUCUGGACAUUUGCGCUUGGGGCACAGAUGCUAUGCCGAUCUUGUACCAUGAAUAUCAUGAAGAAGAUUGUCCACCAGUCUUCCAUCUGAAGCCAGAUGGGAACUGCUCGGACUACUUCAUUGGUGGUGGCAUAAGCUGUACUUUGUCUGAGUCGGUUCACCAGAACUACGCGUGGAAAGCUAAAGUCAACUUCAACUACAAGUGGCAAGCAUUGACAACUGGGAUCACCGGCGGGUACAGCGAGAAGUCCGGCAUUAGUCAAGGCUACAAAUUCAACAAACAGUUACAGAACGAUCAGUGCGGAUACUGGACCUUUGCGCCGUUUUACAAGGGCACAUCCAACGCAUGUGUCGAACAGCUCGUGGAUCUCGACGAUGCGGUUCAAGGCUGGAGAUCAGUACGCGGCAUUGUCGUCUUCGUCUAUGUUGACUGCUUAACAUUGCAACCACUUCCGGACGACCAACAAGACGUAGCGUUUACACAACCGGGCGUCAAGCUGCCGCGAGGUACCGAUCUGUCGCAGGCAUACGAGAACUUGUGGAAUCUAUCAGCUCAAGUUCCUUCCUUAUCGGAGAACAGUGCCACCACCUGCGUCAACACUGGCAACACCGCAACCAACAUCUCCGAUUGUGUCGAGGCUAUCGGUGAUGCUUUGAACAACGGAAAUCUCCUUGUGGACGGCACAAGUGGAGGCAAGGGCCACACAAUUGCAGCUGGGGCUUAUGACACUUGUACAGUGUUGCUGACGUUCGACGAAGACUGGAGUGGUGAAAAUUGCAAAGUGUCCUAUCUUGAAGUCGCGGCUGCGGCUCAAGCGAUACUCGAUGACUGCAUUGGCGACGAGCAGAUUGGAGGCGCUCAUAUGGUGAGAGAUCAAGGCGAUUGCGCUUCUACGGUCAUGCUAGGCAAUCAGGUUUCGAACCCCUAG